AUGACAUACCCUUUCCCAUAUUCACAAGCUGCAAAGCUUGACUCGCGGAUCAAGAUACCUCGCCCAGCUUACGACCCUGAUCUGGCACCACUGUUGGACUCUGCCUCAUUUUCUGAAGAGUUUGACCUAAACUUGAUGCGCGGAGUCGCGAGUGGUGAACAAGAAUGCUCCCAUGGCGCAUUCAUCUUUAAUGCGGAGACUGUCCUCAGAGACAAUCCGCACUUGAGUCAUACAGAGUACUCAAUUCCUGGACCUGAUAACAAUAUUAUCAUCUUGUCAGUGUUCGCACCUAAAGAGCAACCAAAGGCGCCAUGGCCAGUCUUGUAUCACAUUCACGGUGGGGGGAUGGUCAGUGGUGACAGAUUCACUGCCGUCACGUCUGUGAUUGAUCUCUUGAAAGGGAUCGAUUGCGUUGUUGUCUCCGUGGAACACCGUCUUGCUCCCGAGACACGGGCGCCUGGCCCAGCUGAAGACUGUUAUGCAGGGCUUGUCUGGGUCUCCGAGAAUGCGUCGGAUCUUGGAAUUGAUCCCGCUGCCAUUGUCGUGUUUGGAGUGUCCGGAGGAGGCGCCCUUGCAGCCGCUACCUGCCUUAUGGCUCGUGAUAGGAAGCGCCCAACUGUUCCUAUUAAAGCUCAAAUGCUCUACUCGCCUCUCUUGGAUGACCGAUGCGAGAGCCUGGCUGAUCGGCAGUUCGAGUACGGUAACCCUGCUAGUACAGCAUGGCUUCGUGCCAUUUGGGACCUUAUCCUGGGUGAUUCGCGAGGAUCAGAGCAUGUUACACCCUAUCAAGCGCCUGCAAGAGAGACUGAUCUUUCGAAUUUACCACCUGCAUAUAUCGAUGCUGGAGAAUGCGAAGUCUUCCGCGAUGUCGCCGUUGCUUAUGCUACCAAGAUGUGGCGAGGCGGAUCAACAUGCGAGCUUCACAUCUGGCCUGGGGCCUGGCAUGGAUUCGAUAUGAUGGAUGAUCCCAACAUGCCACUUAUUCAUAUGGCUAAUAUGGCGAAAGCCAACUGGCUUCAGAGAGUCUUGAGAAGCGUUAAAGAUGAGUAG